AUAUGCUUCGCGCCUUUAGUCGCGGCCGUUCUUCUCGGAAAAUCUGACGGAUCGUUUCCGUUCAGACCGGGAAAUCGAGCGUCGUUUCCUGGUCUUCAGGAGAUGCUCGGCUGGGGAUGCGCUCGCCGCUCCCGAUUGAUGCAGUGAUCUCGGAGUGUCCGAUCCGAUCGAACGCGCAUUGAUGUCGUGCGCGUGUCGUCCGAGUGUAAGGUGUGAAGCGUUGCCGAUCGGUCCGGGAGGGGUCCGGGCGAGGCUCGGUGUCGGCGCGGCACUUCAUUCAUAGAGCGGGGCGGAGGGGCGGCGGGACGGCGCAGGGCGGGCGGAGAGUCAGUCGCGCGCCGACCGCGGCCCGUGUCCGUGCAGCCAUCUCGGGCGGCCUCGCAUGCCGCGCCCGCGCGCCCGCUAGCGCCGGGCUGGCCGCCGCGCGCAGGUGAGUCCCCUGCAUCGAUCUGUCCGCGCUGCGCAUGUGCCCCGCCCGCCCCGCGCACCCUCCGCCGGCGAGCUAUUGACCCGCCUGCAUCGCGACCUGAUAUCUGCCGAUCGACGAGAUCUCGUCUCGUGAACUCAUCUCUACGGUGCCCCGUGCUCGUCAAAGUGGAGUCUUUUACCCAUCUGUGGAUCGGCACAUGUGCAGCCUGGCGGCGCUGGCGCGCGGCUGCCGGCCCGCGGCCAAGCCGUGCUGUCUGUGCUGGUGCUGCUGCUGCUCCUGCUCCUGUCUGGCGGCGCGCGGCUCGGAGGCCGGCCCCGGCAAGAAGCCUCCCGAACCGGGACCACAGGAACCCCUUCUACAGGAAGGCGACGCGCCGCCAUCGCUGGAGGAGAUCCAAGGCUGGGGGCAGUCGUUCGACCGGCUGAUGCGGAGCACCGCCGGCAGGAAGGUGUUUCGUGACUUCCUGCGCGGCGAGUACUCGGAGGAGAACAUAAUGUUCUGGCUCGCGUGCGAAGAGCUCAAGCGAGAGACCGACCCCGACGCCGUCGAGGAGAAGGCGCGCUUUAUCUACGAGGACUACAUCUCUAUACUGUCCCCUAAGGAGGUGUCUCUCGACUCGCGGGUCCGAGAGAUCGUGAACCGCAACAUGGUGGAGCCCACGCCGCACACGUUCGACGAGGCGCAGCUGCAGAUCUACACGCUGAUGCACCGCGACUCGUACCCGCGGUUCGUCAACUCGCCGCUCUACAAGACGCUGGCGCGGCUGCCGGAGCCGUGACGCAGCCGCCGGCGCCGCCCCCGCGCGCCCCGGCGACCCCUCCCCUGUAAAUAGUUUCGAUAUACAUUCAUUUAAACGGGUACUAAUUUUGUACAUAGUUAGGUUAAGUGUGAGAGUAGAGACGGCGCGCACUCACCGCCGCCGCGGCCACUUCGCUGGUCCACCGCCAGCCCCCGCCCCUCCCCUCCCUCGCCCCCGCCCCCGCCCCACUUCGUCUCCGCAGGCGCCCGACGUGGCCGCCCCUCGCACGUCUUGUUAGAAGCAAUAAAGGUGGACCAAUUAAGUUUGCCGAAGAGUCAACGAAUAAAUUUGUUCAUGUACGACUGUAA